ACUAGGCUGGGGAUGCGCGCGCAGUCUGGAAGCCUUGCCCGGAAGUGAGCGUUUGGAGCCCUGUCGGCGUGUAAGAACCUUGAUUUUGAGCCGCAGCGGGAGCCAGAGAAUCCAGGUGGAGUGGCCUUUUAAGUCAUAUGAUGCCUACAGCCUUGGGGUUCUCAAUCCCUACAUCUCCAUCGAUGAAGCUAGAGGAGGAUUCUUUUUCUGGACAUGAUUUUGCCCUGAGAGGGGACAACCCUGAGACAGCCCGACAACACUUCAGGCAGUUUCAUUACCAGUUGAUGUCUGGGCCCCAUGAGACUAUGAGACAACUCAGGAAGCUCUGCUUUCGGUGGCUUAGGCCAGAGAUUCACUCAAAGGAGCAGAUCUUGGAAAUGCUGAUGCUGGAACAGUUCCUAACCAUCUUACCUGGGGAGAUCCAAACCUGGGUGCGAAAGCAGUGUCCAGAGAGUGUAGAAGAAGCAGUGACACUGGUAGAAGGCUUACAGAAAGACCCUGGGAGAUUGUGGCAUUGGAUCAAAGUCCAAGUGCUCCGACAGGAAGCUCUUUCAGAGGAAAUGGAAGCACCAGGUGUCUCAGUGGAGCCUCAUGCUAAGGUAACACUUCAGGAAGAAGGCACGCAGAAUUCACACUCAGCACAGAAGGAACAGCUGACCCACAGCAUCAAAGAGGAGACUGAAAACUCACUGGAGUUUGGUUUGCCAAUUUCUCAGCUUACUACUGUUCCUGAAGGAAGCCAUGCCAGAGACAAGGAUGAGGCAGCUUCACUUCAUGCAUCUGGAUCUCAGGAGCAGUGGCAGUACCUGAAUCAAACUCAGAAAGAGCUUUACUGGAAUGCCAUGCUGGAAGAUUAUGGGAAAGUGGUUUCACUAGGAAUUCCCAUUUCUAAAUCAAACCCAACUAACCUGGUAGAUGGAAGGGAAGAGCCUGAUGAAUCACAUUCUCGUGCAGAUGAAGAGAUACCAAGAAGCAUUUGCAUAGGAGACAGGAAGGAGAAUGACAAAGAGAAUCUUCACUUGGAAAAUACAAGGGGCCAGGAAUCUCAAAAGAUCUCUUGCCAGAAAUGGCAAGAAAAGGUACCUUCACAGGUCCCCUUGAAUGAAUUCAUUGAGGAUGCUCCAAGAAGCUCUGGAGUAAGAAAAGAUUUUAUUAUCCAGGAGAACGCUCAGGAUAGAGUAAAAGCAGGGAAAAGCCUUCCUCUGGAAAGGAGUUUAGGGAAACCUCUAGGUCAGCAUUUGUCUAGUGCAGUGGAACAAGACUCCUCAUGGAGAGAGGAGAAGAAAGAGGUCUGCCAGAAAGGCCAGCUACGAACCCUUGCAGGACAGAAGUAUAAUGUUACAGAUAGAUGUAUGGAUUGUGGGAAAAGCUUUGCUCGGAAAUCUCAUCUUGUCAUCCACCAAAGAAUUCACACUGGAGAGAGACAUUAUCAGUGUUCCACCUGCGGAAAAAGCUUCAGUCGGAGCUCAGACCUUAGAAAACAUCAAAGAAUCCACACAGGGGAGAAACCCUAUAAAUGUGAUUAUUGUGGCAAAGGCUUUAGUGAUUUCUCAGGAUUACGCCAUCAUCGAAGAACCCAUACUGGAGAGAAACCAUACAAAUGUUCUGUCUGUGGGAAAAGUUUUAUUCAGAGGUCAAACUUUAAGAGACAUCAGCGAGUUCACACAGGAGAGAAACCUUUUAAAUGCUCUUUCUGUGGGAAAUGCUUCAGUUGGAGCUCAAGUCUUGAUAAACAUCAAAGAUCCCACACAGGAGAAAAGUCUUUUAAAUAACUCGAGAUAUUAGGUUAUCAGUAGACAAAUCCCAUUUCUAGUCCAUUAAAAAAAUUCCUUAGCAUAGAGAAAUACUUCAGAAGGAAUUAUACCCAUUCAUGGAUAUUCUUAUCCUUGGAAAUCAUUUUCUUCUGAUUGAAUUAAAGGGGAGGGGCUAGAAUCUAUUUUAUCAGCCUAAACAUGGGUAAAAUGGCUCAAGACAGGCUUUGGCUAGAUUGCAUUUUCCAUAAUGAGUAAAAUGGGCCUCAUCCCCCAACUCAUCUCCCUGUGUGGCUUCUUGCAUUCACUUGAAUCGUUAAGUCACACAAUUAACCAAGAUCAUUUUACAUGGGUUUAGCUACCACUUUAUACCCUCAUUCUUUCUGUCUCAUUCCUCUGAGAUGGCAGGAAUGGUGGUGGCACCCAGAAGGCCAUCUUCAGGUACAUAGGUGGACCUACACACCUCUCAUGUGGAGUUUAAAGUGGUUAAAGGGUGUCUAGGUGUUCUGCUUUGCCAAGACAGAGGUUGGAAUAGUUGAAGAGAUGCAGGGCUCAGGAAUUCCCCAUAUUCUAGUGGGAGUGGAUCCUUCAGGGAAAGGAAAAAAUUGUCCAUGAAUGGAGGGGAGGGAGCAAGUAAAUACAGUCAGUUCAACAGAAUUUAUAGAAGAUUUGAAAUAUUCUUUAAGCAGUUUUUUGUAGGGAAGUAGGAAAUGAAAAAAAAAUUUUUUCCCCAUCCUACUUUAAAUAGUAAAUCCAUAAGGAAAACUGUUCUUUUACAGGCUGGUCUCCUUCUCAAAAGACAGUUUUUCUCUUUUAAUUGGGAGCAUAGGUAUCAAUUUUUUUUUACUUCCCUUGUGUCCCCUAUAACACCAAAGACAGUGCUUACUCAAUAAACAUUCAUUGUUGAUCUCU